AUGUCUGCCCCUGCAAAGAACUUGAACGCCGGACUGAUAGCAGCGCAGAAGGCAAGGGAGAUCAAAGCCGCCCGGAAUAAGAAAAGGCUUGAGAAUCUCAAGAAUAUCAACCGAAAGAGGCCGGCGCCGAGUGAAGAGAGAGAGGAAGAGCAGGCCGCCAAAAAACCGCGAACGAGCAAGAGUCCUUCUCUUAGUAGUAUUAGUGACUCUGCCCCUCUUGCCGAUCUUCUCCCGCCUACUCGAGAAGGGUUGACGACCGGUUUAGGGAGUGAAGAGGGAUCGAGGAAUAGGCCGUUGAAGUUGAGGUUUACGCGACCGGUGAUUGAAGGGAAAGCAGAUGUUCAAGGCCCAGAAAAGAAAACGACUCAGGAUGACCGUGAGGAGAGUAUCCCCCCGGUUUCGAACGAUCCUCGCGUUUUCAAAAAGAUGGUGAAGAACAGCGAGGUCGGGGACAACGAUGUGAAGGUCCACGGUUGGAUGCGACAAGGGUCAGCAGAUCCCCUACCCCUGCCUUCAACCCCCAACCCACAUCAAGGCCCUCCCUCCGACUUAUCGGACGACAUAGCACUCGGGGAAGACCUCAACGGCGUCUCCAAGUCUUCGAAUGCGGAAAAGAGCAAGACUUUGCUGCCUGCGGACGAUGGCGGGGUUGCGAUCGCCAAGGACAAAGGUGAAGGUUUGGUGGCCGCGAACGAUGACACCGCGAACGAUGGCAGGGAUACGGUCGCGGCCAAAGACUUGCCGUUGGCGGAGAAGAAGGACGACGUCCCGCCCGCAGAGAAGAAGGACGAGGUGCCGCCCGCGAACAAGGAUGUGGUCAUGCGAGAUGGGACUACUCAAGCUGUGCCUCCUGUACGGCGUUUUCUUCAAGUCUUUCCGAGCGACAUUGCGGUACGACCGGUCCAGACGGGAUACAAGGAACGACGUGUGUCACGUCGAGCUGGGGCACAAGCGCUGCCUUCGAAUUGGGAGCCCGUCAAGGUCAACAAGGACUCCGAGCCCGUACCGAUGGGCCAGUACGCCAUGGACGUGGCCGAAAAGAAGAUGCAGGGGAGGAAGCGGGGUCGCAGUAUCGAGCCGCAACAAAUCGCGACGACUCAAAUGCCGCGAACGCGCCAUGUUCCCUGGGGCGACGAUCCAAGCAAAGUGCUUGGAGGACAUCGAUGGGUACUCCGCGAGUUGACCCAAAAGCCUAUCUUCAAGUCGGGACCGAUGUCGUGGUCAGAACCCUUCCCAACAGCGAGGUUGAGAGCUCGGGAGGCUUUGCCUGCUGCCCUCCUUCGCGUGUGGCAGGCGCUCUCGAUCGGUUGUGAAUCGGCGGAGGCUUGGGGAGAAGUGGAACGGGAUCUCGCCGAACUACUGGAAGAAGGGUUCGACGCCGACGAAUGGCAAAAGGUCGGAGCCAUUGCUUGUAGUGGGGGCUCGCGAGGGACGCGAACAUGUGCGUUCCAUCAAAUGGUAUGGGAUUGCGGCGUGCGGGAGGCUUUCCAGGGUGAGAUGAAGGCCCCUCCAGUGAGCAGGUUUGUGGAGUUCGCCUUCCACGUCCUGGUCAAAGGAUGUGAGCAGCGCGAGGGGGAUGAAUGGUGGGGAGGAAUGUCAUCGCUGGACCUGAUGAAUAUCCUCCGAGGAGCAGGCUUGGACGACGAAGACGAUGAAGAGCUGCAGAAUACGGUGUCAACGGUACUUGAGCGUCUGAAAGGCAUCGAGAGACGAGAGAUCUCGGCAAGACGAGAUCGACAGCGAGAGAGGAUCCAGGGCGACAUUUCCCCCGCGACCGGGAACAGGGAUGACGGGGAUGCCGAAGCUCGCGAACGGAAGGAACUGGGAAUCAUGGUCCGGGCUGUCGGUUGGCGACGUAUGGUUUUCAUGGGAGAAAACUGGAUGGAAGGAGCGUCUGUGGCUAUGAUCGCAACGAUCGCGGGCGUGAUUCUUGAAGUGUUUGUCUCCCGUGACGACUGGCGAUCGGACUCUUCGCUGAUGGGGGAACUCGAGUUCUUGCGGGAACUGAUCGGACCGGCGGCGUUUUCGACUCGGGAGUGGAUACCCAUCCUCCAACUGCUGCGUCGAACAAGUCUGAUGACUGUUCAGACUGCUUUGAGAAAGUUGCGGGACUGUGUCUUACUGCCGGAGGCUCGUUCGCGGUGGAAGGACCUCGUUCAGAGUGCGGCGGAGAUGUGGGCGUCUGAGCCUGGGGUUCAGCCAGAAAUCAUCCCCGUUGUGAACCUCGAGUGGUUGGGAACGCCUCUUGGUCAUGCCAGCGAUGUGUUGCGGGAGCUCUCCGAAGGUGUCGUACUGUACAUGCCUCGGUCGGUCAAGGAGCAACUCGUACGCGAACGUUUGGGGUCUUUCAGUAGGCCCGUUUGGUCUGGGUUCUUUGCCGACAUGGACCUACUCGAGCGACAAAUGAUCACUCGUCAAACAUGGGAAAGGCGAUUUACGUUGCGUAGGAAUUUCGCUCUUUCGUGGUUGAACGAGUGGACCAAGCCCGGGACGGACAAGAUGUUGCGAAUGCGUGGGUUGAUCUUCGGUCUUCAUCUCGAUCUACCCGGUGGAGCAGCAUUGGUACCGCGGAAUGUGCCAUUUGCCUAUUCGCGGCCCGCAGGUUUCACCGAGAGGAGUCUAAGCGAAGAGCGUGCUGUUCGCGAGGUAGUAGAUCUUUUCGAGAUACCCGACCCGGCAGUGGAUGUUGCGGACAUGGAUCUCGAUAUUGGGGAUGGUCCUGGGCCUGACGCGGACGCUGCUACAGGAGAAGACGCCGGGGACGACGGGAAUACCGGACGAGGGGGAGAAGGGACUGACGAGUCCAACAACAACAACAACGGAGGAGGAGCUGACGAGCCCCCCGAGAAGAACGUGGACGAGGAGGUCGCUGCGAAGUCCAAAUCAAGGACUCCCGGAUCGAAGGAGAGCAGCCCGGCAAAACCCCGUACGAGCAAGAACAGUGCGGGCGUGCUUUCGGCCGGGUUGCCCAAGGAUAGGGAAGAGUCCGAUGACUCUGACUACGCCGACUCUGAAAAAGGCGAUAACGGCGACUCGGGCGAUUCUGACGAUGCGGACGCCUGGGAAGAAGGCGGAUCCUGCGUGAAGAAGCUUGGGGACAAGAAGACCGCGGGAAGGCCAGGAGCGGGAGUCGCUUGGACUCACCAGAUCGGGCCGGCUCAAGACGUCAAUUUCUUCGUCAAGUCGAACGACCAAUACCGCUCGUCCAGCAAGAGCAAGGUCGCGCUGGAGUGGGGCCAGGACGACGAUUGGGUAGACCCAACCUUGAUCUUGCCUUCAAAAGCGAGUGAUAAGAAGUCCUGUGCCACGAAGAAACAGGCCUCGGACGCCCGGUCGAAGAAAGCGGGAGAUAUUCGCGACGCCAUUCACGACAAGUUGAUCGACGCAGCAAGGACAACCGGUACCGUCGGUCUCUACAUGCAGGUGUAUCCGGGUAGGAUGGGUGUAGAGAUGGCGAUAACGCCAAACCUUGAUCCCCAAGAAGCGGAGUGGAAGCGUUUGGCUUACGAGUUCUUCGACUACACGAGUGAGAUUUCGGCCGACUGGGCUAGGAGGAUCCGGGAGAAGGAAGAGGGGUUCAACGACGAAGAGUAA